GACGUCUCGGCUGCAGCAGCAACAAACCCAACCGGGCGCGCGCGCUCCAGCGGCCGGCCGGACCAGACCCGACCCGCGUCGCGCCACCCGCCAAAUCCACCGUCGCUCCGGCAGGCAGGCAGCGGGUCAGGUCAGGUCAGGUGAGCAGGCCAGCCGCAGCCACCACCGUGCCCUCCCUCAGUCCCUCUCCCCUCCCAUUCCCCUACCACCGCCCACUUCCCUGCCUCUGCCACCGCGCCGCGCCGUCCCAGAUCCCUACCGCGGCCCUGCCCCGCCGCGGCAUUGGCAUUCGGCGCCCCGCUCCGUCCGCCCAGCCCAGCCCCGCGCGCGAUGCCGGCGGGCUCCUCCUUGUUAUUGUUGUUGUUGUUGUUGUAGGAGGAGGAGGAGGGGAUCUCUCUCUCUCUGUUCGUGGUUGAGGAGGAGGGGGAGGAGGAGGCAUGCCGGAGGCGGACACGCUGGCCGCGGUGACCGCGGCGGAGGUGGUGUCCCCGCGAUCCGGCUACUUCCGGCAGCGGAGCAUAAACGCCCCGGAUCCGGACCGCAAGGCGUUCGACGUCGAGAACCCGCCGGGAGCCUCCGUGGGCGCCGCCGGAGCCGGGGCAGGAGGCCUGGGGCUCCGGCCCAGCGAGUCCGUCGCCAAGCUGGAGUCGCUGGAGCGGGCGGAGCGCGCCGCCCUGGCGCCCGCGGUCGUGCUCAAGACGGGGUUCUACAUCCUCGUCUGGUACACCUUCAGCACCUGCCUCACCCUAUACAAUAAGACGCUGCUGGGGGACAAGCUGGGCAAGUUCCCGGCGCCGCUGCUGAUGAACACUGUGCACUUCGCGCUGCAGGCCGCGCUCUCCAAGAUCAUCCUGCUCUUCCAGGCCAAGGGGAUCGACAGCGCCGUCGAGAUGAGCUGGAAGGAUUACUUCAUGAGAGUCGUCCCAACCGCUCUGGGAACCGCGCUCGACAUAAACCUGAGCAACGCGUCUCUGGUCUUCAUCACGGUCACGUUCGCCACUAUGUGUAAAUCGGCGUCGCCAAUAUUCCUUUUGCUAUUCGCUUUUGCAUUUCGGUUGGAGAGCCCCAGCAUCAAGCUUCUAGGAAUCAUAGUUGUCAUUUCCAUUGGGGUUCUGUUGACAGUUGCCAGGGAAACUGCGUUUGACUUCUGGGGCUUCAUAUUUGUGACGCUUGCUGCUGUUAUGUCAGGAUUCCGCUGGUCCAUGACUCAGAUUCUAUUGCAAAAAGAUAGUUAUGGCCUGAAAGAUCCAAUCACCCUGAUGAGUCAUGUUACUCCGGUGAUGGCCAUAGCCACCAUGGUACUAUCUCUCCUGUUGGAUCCUUGGAGUGAUUUUCGAAAGAACACGUAUUUCGAUAACCCAUGGCACGUCAUGCGCAGUUUCUUACUUAUGCUAAUCGGAGGGAGCUUGGCUUUUUUCAUGGUUUUAACGGAGUAUAUACUUGUUUCAGCAACAAGUGCUAUAACUGUGACGAUAGCUGGGGUAGUAAAGGAAGCUGUAACCAUCUUGGUUGCAGUAUUUUAUUUCCAUGAUGAAUUUACUUGGUUGAAAGGGGUUGGUCUUACCACUACUAUGGUUGGUGUUAGUUUAUUCAACUGGUACAAGUAUGAGAAAUUCAAGAAGGGUCAGAUAAAUGAGGAUGGAGUCGAUUCACCUUCAUUUAGUGGGGAUGCCAAAUACAUUAUUCUAGAUGACCUGGAAGAUGAGGAUGGGUUUCUGGAUGAAGAUACAUAAUUUUGGAAUGUGGCAACAUUUUAACUGCCACUUGGAUUGUUGAUGCCUUUAGACCAUUGAUGGCUGCCUGUUGAAAUAAUACUCAUGGAGGUUUUCUACAGAGACAUACAAACACACAAGCAAUCUGUGUGAGCUUAAUCCAUCUCACAUUGAGGUUGAAUGCUUGAUUGACUGAAUGGCCACCUGGAUUGCAGUAUAUCAUACUAUGCGCUAACUUCACUGGAACACUUUGAGAGGAUCGGCAGGUGGUACAAAUCGGCCUGCUUGUUCAUAAUGGAAGUUACUUAAAACCGACUGAUAUUAGCUUGUUUUUCCUUUCUCUUCGUGUGAGCGCGAACAUGCACAUAUUCAUUAUAAAACCUCCACAUUUUUGGUGCCUAGGCAUAAAUCAUCCGCUGUGUAGAUCAAACUGUAAGAGUGACCACACAUACCCCACAUGUGCUGCUCCCUUGAAAGCUUAGGGACAGCCUCUGAUUAUUUGUAAUCUGUAAAACUGUGAGUGAAAAAAGGAUUGUUCUUCUCUAA